CACAUGUACCUACUAAGGCACAAACUCCAACCCCAAAGCAAUCCCUAUUCUUUUCUUCCUUCCUUCAGCAAUCCAUGGCCAAGAGUACUUUUCCGAGCCUUAUCUCGGUCUUUUUAACACUUCUCUUCUUCACAACCGUCGCCGUUGCAAAAAACCACCACAGCUUCUCAAGAACCUUAUCCCCACAAAAGCUGGGUCUGAAGAAAGAGAAGCUGAGCCACCUCCACUUCUACUUCCACGACAUCGUCAGCGGAAGAAAUCCCACAGCCAUCAGAGUCGCGGAGGCGAAUACGACAAACACUUCCAGGUCGCUUUUCGGUUCUGUGUUUAUGAUGGACGACCCGUUGACCACGGGUCCGGAGCAAAUCUCCAAGCUUGUGGGUAGAGCUCAAGGUAUAUAUGCUUCGGCAUCCCAAUCUGAGUUGGGUUUUCUAAUGGUUCUGAACUACGUUUUCUUGGAAGGGAAAUAUAAUGGAAGCACUCUUAGCAUAUUGGGCCACAAUGCUGUGUUUUCGGGAAUGAGGGAGAUGCCCAUCGUCGGAGGAAGUGGGCUUUUCAGGUUUGCCAGAGGCUAUGCUCAGGCCAGGACUCAUGAAGUUGAUCUCAAAUCUGGGGAUGCAGUUGUGGAAUAUAAUGUUUAUGUCCUCCAUUAUUGAUCAAAGUUUGUUUGCUCUGCUUCCAAGCAGAGUAUCUAAGAGUAUCUUUGCUUUGCCACUCUUAUUUUUAUGACCUUUUUUUUUUUUUUCUUUUUUUCCUGGGAUUUACAGGUUUAAAGAUAAUCCUUUGGAUCUGUAAAUUGCUAAAUUUAUAAUUUGACAAUUUCUCUGUGUGUGAUUACUGUUACCAUUGUUGGUAUUGUUAUAAUGUUUCUCUCUCUGUUUUUAUGCCUAUUUACCAUAAAGUCUUGUACGGACAAAACAGAUCUAAGAAAUGAUAUUGUGUUUUGCUAUUAAUUUAAGGGACGACAAAAAUGGUUCCAAAAGUGGUGGUGUGAUCCUAA